UCGGAUUGGAGAGAGGGAUCGGAGGGCGGAAGGAAGGGAGGAUGAGUGACAGCAUCUGGAGGGAUGAGGUGUAAGAAGCAGCAGCAGCAGCAGCAAUAACAGCAACGGAACACCAGCAGCAGUAGCAGCAGCAGCAGCAGCAGCAGCAGCAGCAGCAGCAGCAGCAGAAGAUGAAGCAGGAGGUGCAGCGGCGGCAGAGGGCGAUUGGCAAACUGACAGGAAAACCUGCCAUGCACGUGCCAACAGAACCCGAUGCAGCGAGAAUAAGCCAUUUACCAGCGCUCCUCUCCCCCCCCCCACCCAUAUGUCCUCUCCCCAUCCGCCCUAGUUUCACCCCAAUCGCUUUUCCUUCCUCGAGCAUCCUAACUUGACUUGGGGCAUUCGGCACCGCCACAUUCCACCGCCCAACAAGGCUCAUUCAAAGCCCAGCGCGUUUCCAGUGGAAUGUGGGGGGCGCCCUCCUGCUUCCAGUGGAUAGAAGAGCUUCCAGCACCACAAAGGCUGUUUCCAGAAGCUCUUCUGUCUGGAGCUCACACACCAUCCGCUGCCGCAGCACCGCUUGUUUGCUGGAGAGGUCACAGUCAUGCCAACAGGUUCAGAUGGCUGGGGAGGAGGGCUGGGUUGGGAGUGGCUUCAGCUGGAGAGCUUCUGCUCUGUAGCAGCAGCAGCAGCAGGUGCUGGUGGGAGAAGGGGAGGAGCUGUGAGUGAGUCGACUCAAUAUUCAGCCAAAGAGCAUCUGCAGCAUCUGCAGCUUCUGCAGCUUCUGCAGCUGCUGCAUCUGCUGCAGCAGCAGCAGAUUCGGGUAGAAGGGAGGGGGAAGCUGGUGAUGUGUUCGAAGCAGAUGCAUCGAAUGCAUUGCAUAAAGUGCAUUGAUACUGGCUCGAGGAGGACUGGCUGGUCUGUUUCUCUAAGAAAAGGGGCUUCUUCAAUCAACCUGCCAAGGAUAGGAGGCGGGUCGGGGAGGAGGAGACCAGAACGUCCGGUCCGGUGGGGGGAUCACUGAAGCAAGGAGAUGAGACAUUCUAGUGUGGCUAGGUUCAUUCUUACAGGUACCUGUAGUACGUACUCGUUAGACCUGUACCUGAUACUUGUGCGAGUGUGCGGGGGAAUCAGGGCCUCAGAUUGGUUUAAGGUACCCUGAUUGCUUAGCCCCCCCCCCCCCCCCCCUUUUUUCCCUGAGUUUUCAGGACAAUGUAAAAAAUUCCGGUGAGCUAA